UGAAAAAUAAAUGUAUAAGCAAUUAAGUAUUUAUAUUACGUUGAGCGUGACACAAGAAUAAUUAAAUCUAUUUAUUGAAGUUUGUUCUUGCAUAGAAAUAAUAAUUUAUAUUUAAAAUCAUGAAAAAGAUAUCUAUUUUCGGAGCUACUGGAAAAACUGGAGUUUGUGCUUUGGAAUCUGCUAUUAAUAAGGGAUACAAAGUUAAAGCAUUAGUACGAUCCUUGGAUAGGGUUCCUGAUGAAUUGAAGAGUAAGGCCGACUAUGUUGUUGGAGAUGUAUUGUCACCUAGCGAUGUGUCGCAAACUAUUGAAGGUACAGAAGCAGUUUGCGUUGUUCUUGGAACAAGAGAUGAUUUGAAACCAACAACAAUGCUUUCAGAAGGCUUGAAAAAUAUUAUUAAUGCAAUGAAAGAACACAAAGUGACUAAGGUAUCCGUUUGCUUAUCUGCUUUCUUAUUUUAUGAAGUUGAUAAAGUUCCAAAAAUGUUCGUUGAUUUAAAUGCAGAUCAUCAGCGAAUGUUAGAUACAUUAAAAAGUAGUGAUUUACAAUAUAUUGCAGUUUUACCUCCUCAUAUUGCAGAUGAGCCAAGAGCUCCUUAUAAAGUAGAAUAUAAUAAGUCACCUGGAAGAAGUAUUUCUAAAUAUGACUUAGCAGAUUUUCUAUUAGAUUCUCUAUACCAAGAAGAACACUACAACAAAAUAUGUGGAUUGGCAACUAUUAAAUAAAGCGUUAUAUCAUGGAUUUGUAAAUGGCAUUUGUCAUAAAUAUAUAUCA